CUGAAGGGUCAAUCACGUCUCCCAUCUUUAUCAAGGACUUUGCAGUGGGUACCAGGAGGAUGCAUAGACGACCAGUACCGUCUGAGGAUGCAGUCAAUUCAAUCAACCGUAGCUGACACUUUUACAUUUAACUAUGUUGAAAAUAACGGAGACUAUAAGGAUAUAUUUCACGAACUCAUUGACAAUAUUAAUUAUGAGGAGGUUUGUUACAAUGGUACAGAUAAUGGUCCAAAGUACGCAAACGAUAAUCUUCUUGACUUUAUCAAUCUGUACUGUAACGAGAAUCUUGCGCCAUUAUUCUUCUCUAUCAGUAAUAUAAGCAAUACAGAAAGUAGAAACCAUAAUUAUACAUCAAAAUGCAAAUUUAAUGAUAAUCAACAUUUUAUGAAUGUAAGCAAUGAACAUCAAUGCGUUCUUAUUUUAAAUCAGUCUGAAGAAAAACCUUAUGUAAAUAAGAAGCUAGAAACACAAAUAUUGAACGAGCAUUCAAAUUUCAAUCACGAAGAAGCCGUCAUAACAAUAAAACAUAGUGAUUCAUUAGUCAAUGGACAAACGACUAUUCUUGCUCAACUAAGUCCAAAGAAAAAUGAAUGUCAACAUUAUGAGCUCGAUGAAGGAAGAGGUAUUAACUACAAAAAUUUUUCAAUACUUGGAUCAGUAAACAGUCAAAAAGAUCACGUAAUAAAAAGAGACGAAAAUUUUCACAUAAAGUUAAUGUCGCUAAUAAAUAAUCACGAAAUAGAUAAGCUAAGCGGUGAAAUUUAUAGUUUAGAAUACUAUAGAUCCUGCAAUAAGUUAUUGGCUAAAAAAUCGAGGCCAUUAGCCAACUUACGACAAACCAAUCACGAUGCUGAAAAAAAACAUAAGGCAUUGGUUGACUUGAACAAAAAAUGUCGAAGUAUAAUACGAAAAUUCAAAAAUGGUUUAUUCACAAUUGAUACUAUAUUUAAAUGGAAUGAAUCAAAUUCAAAAGAUGGACCAAUGAGUUGUUCCAUUUGCCGUUGCAAUAAAUUUUUCAAGAGACCCGGUUCAAUUGCUAACCACAUAUAUAGAGUGCACGAGAGAAUACUUCAAGAAGCUUUAGAACGUGGUGAACUUCAUGAAAUCUUGAAAAACAGUAAAAAAUCGAAAGGAAAUUGGUCAAACCAAAAUGAUCAAAAUUUAUCUUAUAAUGUACAAAUAGACCAAAGCUGCUUCGAAUUACAAAAUACAGUAAUGCAUGAAACACUGCAUGAGAAUUCUCAAUUAUUCAGUGAUCGAGAUGUAUCGAUUAAUAAUUGGGGUUUGCCGUUAAAAUUAGAUAUUCAUAAUCAAUAUUUAACAUCAAGUACAGACCAUUUUGAAUUAGAGCAGGCAUUGAAAAUGAUCGAAUAAGAUACGAAUAAGUUUUGUCUAUUGUUCGUCGUAACGAGUCGAUUUAUAUGACGAUUUCAAUAAUUUCAGAACGGAAGAAAAUAUUGCUGUUAUCCCGGGAAAAAAUGUUUUUAUAAAAUUAUUUAAAAUUUUAUAAGAUUUUAUUAGAUUUUAUAAGAUUUCACAACAUAAUUUUUAGAAAUUCAUACAAUUUUAUAAAAUCUUAUAAGUUAAAUCUGAGUAAGGAACAUAAUAAAUAAAUGGGAUCUUUCAAAAAUGUAUGAAAUUUUUCAAAAUUGUAUAAAAUAUUAUAAAAUUUUAUGUAGCAUGAUCUCAGUAAGGAAUGUAAUAAUUAAAUGAAAUUUCAUAUAGUUUUAUGGAAUUUUAAAAAAAUUCUAUCAAAUUCUGUAGGCUUCCAUACAAUUUCAUGAAAUAACAUAAGAUUUAAUACAAACUUAUCCAAUUUUAUAAAGUAAUAUCUUAGUAAGAAAGCAAUAAUUAAAUGAAAUUUUAUACAAUCUAAUACAAUUUUAUAAACUAAGUCCUUAAAAGGAAAGUAACAAUAACAUAAUAUUCAGAUCUGUCCACACAUGACUGAUUCAUAUCAUAUAUAUGAGUUUAUACUUCUACAUACUAAUGGGUAUGUCUAUAUAUGAUGAGACCUGAUCACGCUCAAUUGAUAUCAAACCAAUAUGGGGCAUUCCACGCCAAAUCACCAAGGUCAUGGACCCGACCAUUAUUUAUUUGGCCGAUUUUUCGACAUUUUAUAGACCUUAUCAAAAAACGCAUCCAUGAUUUUUUUUAUUGCUUUUUGAAAAAGUUAUGGAUUUUUGAAAUUUUCCGAUAAAAAAUAUGUGAAUACUCAUAACUUUGUGAAAAAUAUAGAUAAUUAUAUAAAGUUGUGCAUUGAUUUUUUCAGCUUCAAAUAAACUUUCAACAAAAAAUAUUAAAAAA